UGUCUUCAACGUUAUCUGCAACCUCUCGUCUGCCAUCCGCCUCUCCCGACCCGCGCAGCCGCGCUCCAGCUCAAAACUCACCUACCAAUGGCCGCCUCCCCCACCGCCGACCCCGCCUCGAUGCCGCCACUUCUUCUCGCCGUACGCCACCUACCCUUCCCCGGCGUCCACUGGCCGCGCACGCUCCCCGCCCACGACGUCCUCACCCCUCUCGCCCGCCGCCUCGAAGAGCUCGCGGCCGCAGCUUCCGCCCACCCGCUCCUGAGGCCGCUCUUCGCCGUCCACUCCCACCUCUCCUCCUUCUCACAGAGCAGGAUGCGGCUGGUGGUGGCGCGGCGGGUGGCGCUGCUGUCCGGGGAGCACUGCUUCGCGGCAGUGCUGGGGAACUCUGUGGCCGGGGUGGUGGUGGCCAACGGCAUCAACAACUUCCUCAGCCUCUACAACACGGUGCUCGUCGUCAGGCUUGUGCUCACCUGGUUCCCCAACACACCGCCCGCCAUCGUCGCGCCUCUCAGCACGAUAUGUGACCCGUACCUCAACAUCUUCCGGGGCAUCAUCCCGCCGCUCGGGGGAACGCUGGACCUGUCACCCAUCCUCGCCUUCCUCGUCCUCAACGCCUUCACCGGCACCGCCGCCGCACUUCCGGCGGAGCUCCCCGACUCAGCUGCUCCACAGCAUCGUCAGAGCAGUGCCUCUCCAUCCACCUCGCCGCCACUUAACCUGACGGCCAAUCAAAGGAAAUGGAUGCGGAGAAUGCGGUCACGAAAUUGGCAGGAAAAAGAUGGUGAUCACUAGGCUUGUGCUGUGUCUUUUUUAUUUUUUGGUUGCGAAUUAGGCUUGUGCUGUGUCUGUCGGUGCCCUGCUCUCGGCUGGAAACUACAGUUUGCUUCAGACGCCUGCAGCUCCUGCACACUCCCACCUGAGCACCAAAUGCAAUUCAGCAUGCGUGCACUGAAACUACCAAACUCGCCUGGCAUGCAGUCUUUUCGUCGAUCGUUUUGCUCCAAAUGUUUUGUAUUGUAAUGCGGAAUCCUUCGUCGAGCCAUUUGCUUUCUGCUAUGUAUGUAGAGGAACCUGCUUGACUGUAAUGAAAAUUUUGGUCAUUGAGUAGA